AUGAAUUAGAUUAUUUUGAUAUCAAUAAUAAUUUCAAUUACUUUAGCUUGCUCAUCGAAAUAAUUAAGAUGUGAAGACCUACUUGAUUAGAUUUCAUGCGUGUCUGUUUCAUCUCUAAUGGCAACAUGCUAUUGGAACACAGAAACAAGUUAAUGUGCAGUAUUGAAAGCCAAAUGCAAUUAUUAUGAUAAUUAAGAAGAAUGUAGGGGAUAAGAUGGGUGCGGUUGGAAUGAAACUCAUUGUGAUAAAUUGAUGAUAAAAAGGAAAGGAAUUACAUGUGAUGAAUUUAAUUCAUAUGAAUCAUGUGUUAAAGUAUACUCAACUACCUUAUCAUGUACUUGGGAACACAAUAAAUGUAUACCAAUAUCUGAAUGUAGUGAAAUCAAUGAUUAUAUGUAAUGCAGAAAUGCAAAACUAAAAGACAGAUGCCAAUUGGUUAUUAACGGUAAGGCAUCCUCCAUGCAAAAGCAAUAUUUUUAUUUUGGAGAUCUAUUUGAUGAAUAUGAAUGUAGAGCAUUGGAUUGCAAAUAUAACUUAAAUUCUUUAUAUUGUCCAAGCUUUGUGAACGGAAGAAGAUGUUUCCAUUAUUUUGGUGAAUGUACACAAUGCUCUUAUUUAACAAAUAAAAACACUUGUUUAGAACCAAAUCAAUGCACUUGGGAAAAUGGUGUUUGUAGAAAUAUAUUAUGUUCAGAUCUCAAAGGAAAAGAUUAGUGUUUAUCUAAACCAUAUUGUUAAUUUAAUGAUGCCAAUUUAAAAUGUGACACAAGAACAGACAACAAUUUAUAUUGCUAUGCUAACAACAUUACAUCUGAUCCAGUUAAAUCAAAAAAAAAACAAGAGAUAUGAAAACUUAUUGAUUAUUUUUUAGUUUUG